UGAUUGUGUAGAUUAUUACCAAUGACAUCUUCAAAAGUGUAAAGUACAAGAAGCUUUACUCACAAUUUCUCUAAUGCAGUUAACAAUGGCCAAUAUAUGAAGUAAAUACUUAUAAAUCCAAAAAGGGUAUGUGUCAAACUCAGUCCUUACAUAUUUUAAUAUCCAAAAAUGAAAUUUGUAAAAAUUUCUAAUAAAAUAAACUCUGUAAAAAGAGAGCAUUGAAAUCAAGUUUCAAAUUAGGCUUUCAAAGCAAAUGAGAAUGAUCAGCUAGAGCUAAUACAUUUGAAGCCAUCAUUCUGGCAAAUCAAACCAAUAGGGAAACAUAAUCCAAGUCAUCAUCCCAUUCUCAUACACAAUUUUGCACAUAUUCUAAAAUUUCAAACUUUAGUUCAGAAAAACAUUAAAAUCUCAGAGAAAAAAAACAUUAUUAAGAGAAUGAUCAGCUAGAGCUAAUACAUUUGAAGCCAUCAUGCUGGCAAAUCAAACCAAUAGGGAACAAAAAUCCAAAUCAUCAUCUCAUUCUCAAAUCUCAAAUCUCAAAAACCAAAAUUAAAAAUCAAAGCUUUAAAGCAAAAAUCAUACGAAAAAUAUGAAAUCGAAAGGAGAACGAUCAGCUAGAGCUAAUACAUUUGAAGCCAUCAUUCUGGCGAAUCAAUCCAAUAGGGAACAAAAAUCCAAAUCAUCACCUCAUUCUCAAAAAUCAAAACUUUAAAGCAAAUAUCAUAAGAAAAACGUGAAAUCGAAAGGAGAACGAUAAGCUACAGCAAACACACAAAGAAAAUACAUAAAAAACGAAAAAUUUAUAGAAGAAAAAAGAUUAUGUCGGCGUAAUUGUAACUCUGGUUCGAAAUUGAAAACCCUAGAAGAAUAAGAUUCGAUUUUUAGGGGUUUGACAAGGUGGUGUAUUUAUACCCGAUUUGAAGAAUUGUCAAAAUGUCAAGAUUGCCCUCGGGCCUUUGCGGUUAGUUAAUUUGGGCCUUUGGUUAAUGGGCCUGGGCCCACUUAUCAAAGUCCAGAUCAAAGUCUCCAUUUCCGCUGUCCUCGCCGCCAGCCACCACCUGGAGAUUGUAACCACCACAUCGGUUAUUAUUCAAAAGCUUCAAAGAAACCUUCUUUUCAGUUGAACACAAGAACAAAUGGGUAACCCAUUUUUGAAACGAUUCCUCAAUAAUCUCUAUUGUAUUGAUAAUUUGGUGAAGAAGCAAGAAUCAGAAAGGCUUGUGUAUGGGAUUCUUUACCGUUGUUACUCAAACAAUAAGGUUGAAGAUGAAGUGAAGCAAAAAAGUGGUGGUGUUUCUCAAGUGUCUUUGAGGUCUAAGGUUGAGAAAGAGUCUAGAGUUGGUACUUAUGUUUCUGAUGAUGAUGACUUACUUGGUGAUAAUAAGUGGAAGGUUGAGCUUGCUUGGAUCACUAAAGCUCUUGAACCAGCUCUUCAGUUGUGUAGAUGGGCUCUCCCAACAACAGUUGCAGGAAAUGAUGUUGGAAAUCGAUCCCCACCUAGUGCUCGAUCGGUUUCGGAGAUCAUUUCAAGCAUUCAACGGAGUAAGAUUGGUAUUCAGGAUUGGACUUUGAGCGAUCUUACUGUUGGCUUGUAUCUUUUAUACCUUCGUCAAGCAUCAAUAAAUCCCAUUAAAGAUGUUAAAGGCAUUCAGAUAUCUUCAGAUUCCACUGUCCAUGACCUUAUUUACCACACCGAAUUAGCAAAAGGUGCUUAUAAGGAUAACGCUACCAGUCUCGCAAGGCAUAGCAUGCUUCGGGAAAGCAAUGUGUUGAAAUUUGUUAAGAAUUCUAGUGUUAUGAGGCCCGGGUAUUAUAUAGGGGUGGACACUCGUAAGAAACUUGUGAUUCUUGGAAUUCGCGGAACUCAUACAGUCUACGACCUUAUCACCGAUAUCGUCUCUUCAAGUGAUAGUGAAGUUACAUUUGAAGGCUAUUCAACUCACUUUGGCACAGCCGAAGCUGCUCGUUGGUUUCUCAAUCACGAGAUGGAAACCAUAAAACAGUGCUUGGCGAAAUAUGAGGGAUUUAGGUUAAGGCUAGUGGGGCAUUCACUUGGUGGUGCUAUAGCUUCUUUACUAGCAAUAAUGAUUCGAAAGAAGUCGCUUAAGGAUCUGGGUUUUAGCCCCGACAAUGUUACCGCUAUUGGUUAUGCAACACCACCAUGUGUCUCGAAAGAACUUGCUGAAAACUGCUCUGAUUUCGUUUCAACUGUGGUAAUGCAGGAUGAUAUAAUCCCGAGGUUAAGCAUAGCUUCUCUUACUCGGUUGAGGAACGAGAUUCUUGAUACUGAUUGGACGAGUGUAGUUGAGAAGGAAGAUUGGAGAAGCCUCAUAGAUUUGGUUGCAAAUGCCAAGCAAGUGGUGUCAUCAGUGCAAGAUGUAGCUCGAAAACUUGCUGACUAUGCAAAGUUUAGCGGGAAUGAAAACUCGUCUGAUGUUAACGUCAAGAAAGAAACGCCUAAGUCUCCAAGAGCAACUUCAACCCCCGAAACAGAACAUAAAAGACGCUCUACCAGUCCAUGUCCGGAGGAAUUGUUUGUACCGGGUUCUGUUUACUACCUAAAGAGGAACUUGGACUCUCAAUCUAGAAAUGGUGGAGAGUUUUUCACACUUUGGAAGAGAAACCCGGGAGAACAUUUUCAGCGAAUUGUGCUGUCGAGCAACUUAAUAUCCGACCACAAAUGCGAUAGCCAUUACUAUGCAUUAAGAGAUGUGCUCAAAGGUUUACCUGGGCAUGAUGAUUAUAAAGGUAUUUUCAGAUGAAUAAAAGGGUAUAUAAGCUUUGAUUUCUACUUGUUUGUUUGUAUGUAAUUGAAUUUUUUUUGUAACCAAAUAAAGAAAAAGCUAAAGAUUAUAAUAUAGAGAAAAUGUACAAACCGAAAAGUUGUGUUUUUGCCAUUGUAAUGUACAAUUAAUCAUUUUUUUUUUGGUCAUCA